UCCACUUUCCACAUCUAUUCACACCACCCUUUAUAUUUAGCGCUGUUUGUCAGUGGCGUGUUUGACACACUAGCGGUUUAUUCAUCACAUUGCACUCAAUUUGGUCGGCGCAAGUCGGCUCCCACAUUAUGACAUUGUGUUGGUCUUUGAUGUGGAAGAGGAGACAUCAUCGUUAAGAGAACAUAAUUCCCGUUCUUUCUCAACUAAAGAAGGCGCGCGUUUUUGUAUGAAAAGAAAGUUGUGUUGAAUUGCGCAGAAGUGCACCCUUAUUGUCCAAGUUCAACUUCCGUAGGCUACUUGACAACCGCAGGCUAGGCCUAAAGAUGGUGUACUGUGUACGAUCAUUGGUACAAGCAAGUACCUUGGUCAGAUUCGGCAGUCUGCUUAUUCUGAUCGUAUAAAUAAUAUAGAGUAAUCAAAAACACAUAAAAUGAAUGUGAACCAUGGCCCGCUGCAUGUUGUUCUGUUAUGGACUAUCUGGCUGUUCGAAACGGGAGAGGGAAGUAUUCACUCCAGACUGAGACAUUUUGAAGUUUUGACGCCAAGUGACUUCAGGGUGAGGACAAAGAGAGACGCAGUGAGUGGGCAAGUGGACUACAAGAUUUUGCGCUUCAAAGCAUUUGGUAUGAGAUUUCAUCUCGUUCUUACCCCUGGCUGGUCUGUGGUCGAUUCGGAGGAGCUGGAGUGCAGUCUUGUCGGGGCUGAUGGAAGGUCAGAAAAGUUCACAGUAGACACAGAUAGACUUUAUUCUGGAUCUGUUAGCGGAAAACCAGACACUUCUGUUGACGCCUUUCACGUGAACGGGAUGUGGACAGCCGACAUCCAAGACACGGUAGAGCAUUACACUAUAGAGCCCAUCCGGCGACACGAGACACACUCUACGUCUCAGAACAUGGUCAUAUACAGGUCAGCAGAUCUUAUACUUGGCAAUGUAUCCGAAGCAGUCUCUAACUUACUUCAUAAAUCAUGUAAAACCUACGAUGCUCGGAAGUUUCGUCACUUAUUUCAAAACGAGAGCUACAAUCACGUGAAAGAAUCUCGAGGAAACGUCAACAAGGAACCUGCUUCUGGAAACGACAAGGGGCCUUAUUACGCCAAAGAUGUUCGCUUUCACAGACUGUCGCGUUCCGUAACGCCUUUUCACAACAUAUGCGACAUCUUUGCCAUAAUGGACACUUACACUUUUGACCGUUUGGGACAAAGAGACCCCCAGUGGAGUGCCCACUUACUGCUUUUCUGGCACCACAAAGUCAACAAAAUCUUCACAUCAACGAUCUUUGGACCUUUCAGAAACAUUGGGAUGAGAGUAAGACGCCUCGUUCUUUUAACGCAGUACACGAGUGGCAAAAGUACAUGGGACGAGUACAACACCGAUGAAAUGAAUGCAAGUGCGGACGAACUUAUAGGUUCGAUGUCGAAAAAUAACGAAUUCAGCUCGUACUGCUUGGCCCAUCUGACGACACAGAGAACAAUGAGAGACUACGUCUUGGGAGCUGCUGUCAACGGGAUUCAGACAACUUACCCACCUGGAGGACCCUGCGCCUCAUCCGGACAGAGGGCCUUAAAUGUGGGGUUCUCAACGUUGGGAUUUGAAAACAGUAUUAUUGCUGAUAAGAUGUACAUCGUGGUAAUGGCGCACGAGUUGGGUCACAACUGGGGCUCGCCUCACGACCCGCCCGAGGACCCGGUUUGCUCACCAUCUGAGAAAAAGGGAGGCAAGUACAUCAUGUGGGCUCGGUCCAACGCGGCCAAGAGCGCCAACAACCAAAAGUUCUCGCCCUGCAGUAUCGAAAAGAUCACUGCACUGUUAAAGACCAAAGCACACGAGUGCUUCUUACCAGCCAGCGCCUCUAUAGGUCUGUGCGGGGACGGGAUCGUCUCGCAGGGAGAGGAAUGUGACGAGGGUUUCCUCCUGUUCACCAAUACCACCAUCGACUGUUGCACGAAAAGGUGCACUCUCAGAGCUGGCGCCGUCUGUUCCCCGUCGUCCAGCCCGUGUUGUUCAGAUGAUUGUCACGUCGCUCCAAAAACGCAAGAGUGCAAAAAUCUGGAUGCCCACGUUUGCCGUGAAACAUCUUAUUGUACCGGCACGGAUCAUUCUACUUGUCCAAAACCUAGGGCGAGAGAAGACGAUACCCCGUGCAACGACCAUGGUACUUGUUGGAACGGAGAAUGUUUGUCUUUUUGUGAGAACAGGGGACGCACUUUAAAGCCGCCUAAACAACUUGUUUCGUGCACGUGUGACUCGAAUCGCGAGGAAAUGUGCAGUAUGUGCUGUAUGGACAUCCUGACCAACGAAUGUCGCCCCACUGAAACUCCCUACACGGACGGAAUGCCCUGUACAUUCGGGACCUGUCGUGGCGGUGUCUGCAGGUCUUCGGAGUACCGAACCAGGAAAUCACCUUACGUCACUGGUUUCACCAAGAACAUAGCUCUGUGGUUGUCCAUUUUAACGUUCCCAAUCUAUAUCAUCGCUCUUGUGUGUACGCAAUUUGUUGAAAUUUAGAGUUGUGUUUGUUCCGUUGUGGUUCAAGCAAAUAGAUGUACCGUUUUUAAAUAAAUGCAUUUUGAUAGAUGAGAUCGG